AUGAGCGCUGAACCUGCAACCACUGCGGCACCAGCCGUCACUCCAGUUACUGAAGUGGAAGCAUCCAAACCAGCCGUUGAGGAGCUCACACAGGCCGUUGAGGAGCCCAAAGCGGCCACCGACGAGCCCAAAGCAGCUGCUGAAGAACCCAAAAUAGCUGCUGAAGAGUCCAAACUAGCAACCUCCGAAGCUGCACCAGUGGCCCCCGUAGCUCCAGCUAAUGCCGAAACCCCCGUCGCGGCGCCUGUCGAGACACCUUUGUCUAAACUCUUUUCAGAACUGCCUUUCAUCCUUAAGGAAGCAGAUCACAAGGAAAUAUGGGGUGUUGAACUCUCUGAUGACUCCCAUGUUCCGACCUCCAUUGUCCUCGAAAAGUUCCUGAGGGCCAACACUAAGGAUGUCACCAAAGCAAAAGCACAAUUGAUCGAAGCCCUGAAAUGGAGAAAGGCCAUGGACCCAAGGCAACUCCUGGAGGAAGUCGAGUUUGACAAGAGCAAGUUCGGGGAGCUUGGAUAUGUUACGGUGUAUCCGAAAUCAGAUAAACAUGGCAAGGAAAUUGUGACUUGGAAUAUCUAUGGUAUUGUCAAGGACAACAAGGAAACCUUCGGGAAUGUUGAGGAAUUUAUCAAAUGGCGAUCUGCCCUUAUGGAAUUAUCGGUCAAGCAGCUCGAUCUGCCCUCCGCAACAGAAAGGAUCCCAGAGAACGGCGAAGAUCCUUAUCGUAUGAUUCAAGUCCACGACUAUCUCAAUGUCAGCUUCCUCCGUAUGGAUCCCGCCAUUCGGGCCGCCUCCAAACAGACCAUCGCGACAUUCAGCAUGGCGUAUCCAGAGCUCUUGAAGGAGAAGUUCUUCGUGAACGUCCCGUUACUUAUGGGCUGGGUGUUUACUGCGCUGAAGGUCUUCCUGAGCCCGGAGACCAUCAAGAAAUUCCAUCCUUUGAGUUAUGCAAGCAGUUUGGCGGGCGGGCUCCCGGCGCUUGGGCAGGAACUCCCAAAGACUUAUGGUGGGAAAGGAAAUGAUAUCAAGGAGGGACUGACCGUUAAAUACUCUGAGGUGGCUGCUGAGGAGCCUGCUAAGGAACCUGCUAAGGAGCCCGCUAAGGAGCCUGCUGAAGAACCUACGGCGGCACCUACUACAGAGCCUUCAGUGGAGCCUGUUAAGGAGACUGCCGAGGAACCUGCUAAGGAACCUGCUGAGGAGAAGUAG